AUGUCAAAUGAAACAAUAUCGGCACAAUUGUUGCCAUCUAAUGAAUGCGAAUUUCCGAAUAACCCCUAUUAUGUAUUAUUUUCAUCUAUUGCAUCAUUUUAUCUACCAUUAAUUGUUAUGAUUUACGUUUAUAUUCGAGUGUAUUCGACAGCUCAACAACAAGCACUAGCACUGCGUUCUGGUUACAAGCAUCAUUAUCUGAUAAAAUCCGCAAAGUCAUUCAUUCCAGGAUUUCGUUAUGAGAAAAGAUCAAGAACGGAGACAACAGUAGAAACCGAUGAUAAUGCCACACAUAAAACAUCACCUAUGUUAUCACAAAAUCGUAGACCGUCGCAUGAAUUAAUAACACUUCGUAUUCACCAUGGUGCAUAUCAAAAUCCAAAUGUAGAACUGCUCAACCAGAAUAACGAAAGUGAAUCGAAAUCAAUUAAUAAGAGUACAAAAAAAUGUGCGCGAAAAAACAAAAUUCGGAAAAAAAAUUCGAACGAUCAAAAGGCGGCUAUAUUCAUCGGUAUUGUUAUGGGUACAUUUGUUGUUUGUUGGUUACCAUUUUUUGUUUAUCUUGUAUUGAGUGGUGCAUUUGCUAUACGCUUAAAAGACGAUCAACAUCAUAAAUUAUUAUUCAGCAUAUUUUCAUGGUUAGGAUAUGCAAAUUCAGCUUUGGACGUUGUUAUUUAUCUUUUUACAUCGAAAGAAUUAAGAGCUACAUUUUUUAAAUUAUUUUUUAAAUCAUGUGUUUGA